UUCUCUUUUGGUGGUUUAAUGCUGUUCAGACCUGCAGGGGCAGGCAGGGUGGGGUGUUGGUGUGGGUUCACUGGAGUGAUGAGCGCUCUGUGCCCCAUCCGAGUGCUGCUGCUGCUGCUGCUCUGUGCUCUGCUGGGCUCCCACACUGCUCGUGGCUUUGGUGGCCAGGAGUCCCUGAGCCCCAGGGACAGGCACGCCCGCUCCGUCAGCGUCCCACCGCAGCCCCGCGACUGUGCCCUCUCCUCCUGGUCCUCCUGGAGCAAGUGUGACCCCUGCCAGAAGAAAAGGUACAGAUUUGCCCGCCUGGAACAGCCCUCUCAGUUUGGUGGAGAUCCCUGUGAUGACUCUGACAGAGAAGCUGAGGACUGUGUCACAGGCAGUCCUUGCAGGAACAGAGUUCGGUGUGAUGGGUUUGUGUGUGCAGUUACAGGGAGAUGCAUUGCACGGAGGCUGCUCUGCAAUGGGGAUGACGACUGUGGGGACCAGUCAGAUGAGAAAAACUGCAAAAAAGUGUUCAGGAAAUGUGACCAGAAGAUGGAAGAGUAUUGGGGAAUAGAGAAUCUGGCAAAAGGGUUGAAUAUCUUCACAAACAGCUUGGAAGGGUUGGUCCUUGAUCACAGGUACUAUGCUGGGGGAUGUUCUCCCCAUUACAUCACAGACACCAGGUUCAGGAAGCCAUACAACAUAGAGAGCUACAUACCAGAGACCAAAGGCAAAUAUGAAUUUACAAUGACUGAAUAUGACUCCUACUCAAAUUAUGAAAGCAGUGUCCUGAGGGCAAAAGCUUCGCAGACAAGCUUCAGCUUCGGUAUAAAAAUACCAAAAGUGUUUGAACUUGGUUACAAUUCAAAUGACAUGAGGUUCAAGAAGUUCAUGCAAAGGAUGAAAAGAUUUUCUUCCAGUUCCAGCAAGUUCAUCCACGCCCGUUCUGAGCUGGCUGUUGGUGUUUACAAGCUGAAGCCCCGAGCCCUGAUGCUGCACCACGAGUUCCUGCAGCGGCUCCGGCAGCUCCCCACGGAUUACAGCUACGGGGAAUACCGGGAGCUCUACAGGGAUUUUGGGACACACUUCAUCCAGGAGGCCACUCUCGGAGGCAUCUAUGAAUAUACCCUGGUGAUGAACAGCGAGGAGCUCCGCAAGGCGGGUUUUUCUCUGAGUGAUGUCCAGAAAUGUGCACAGAAGGGCUUUAACAUUGGUGUGAAUCUUGUUAAAGUCACUGUGGGGCUUGGAGUAGAGUCAGCUAGCUGUAAAGCCCUUUUGAAAGAGAUUGGAGACAGCACAGCCAGGAAAGAGCUGGUGGAGGAUUUCGUGGCGCUGGUGCGUGGUGGGGCGAGCGAGGACAUCACCAGGCUGGCACACAAGGACCUGCCCACAGCCGAGCUCCUGCAGCGGUGGGGAGAUGCUGUGCAGUACAACCCUGAGAUCAUAAAGCUGAAGGCAGAGCCACUGUAUGAGCUGGUGACUCCCUCUGACCUGGCUGAUUCCAUGAAAAUCAAGGAGAAUCUGCGCCGGGCUCUGGAUGAGUUCCAGCUGGAGACCAGUUCCUGUCGCUGUGCUCCGUGCCAUGGGAAUGGCAUCCCCUUCCUCAGAGGAGCAGAGUGUGAGUGCCUGUGUCCCCUCGGCUACCGCGGCUCCGCCUGUGAGAUCAGCAGCAGGAAAGAUGCUGCUAUUAAUGGAAACUGGGGGUGCUGGGCCAGCUGGUCCCCAUGCUCAGGAGGUCAGAGGACAAGAAGGAGAGAAUGCAACAACCCUGCCCCACAGAAUGGUGGCUCCUGGUGCUCAGGGCCAGACUCUGAGACAGUUCCCUGCUAGAGGGAACCCAUAGGAGCUCCCACAGAACCGAUGGGCACUUGGCAGACUGCUUGGGAAGACAUCACCUCACUGGACUUCUGAGUUGGCCUCUCUCUGCCCAUGGGUCUCAUCCAAAUCAGAAACAUUUCAGAAGACCCUGGGAGCUGGGAGGGUGUUAGGAACCACACCUUGGGAUGUGCAGUUGUCCCGUGGGAUUGAAUGUGCUUACUGACCUCAAUAUUUUUCCUCUUCCCUGUCUUUACUGCAAUGAGACAAGCUUUAUCUCUGUCUGUAUUUGGUAGCUGCGUGAUUUCAAAUUGUACUGUCUUGUUGUUGAAGGUUCCUUUGAGAUAAGAAGAGACACUUUGAUCUUACGUGCAGCAGGAUGUGCACUGAUGCACAGCUUCUGUGAAGGCAGCUGUGUCAUGUGCAGCAAAAUCCAGCAUAUUAAAGCCUAAAUCUCAAUGAGCACGACAGCAUCUAACGUGACAUUUAGAGCCACUGUGCCUCACUACCCUCCUUUCCCAAUUUAUUGUAUUGUUCCCACCCCUGCCAUGGGCAGGGACACCUUCCACCAUCCCAGCCUGCUCCAAGCCCUUUCCAACGUGGUCUUGGACACUUCCAAGGUUGGGGCAGCCACAGCUUCUCUGGGACAAAUGGAACCUUUGGAAAAAGCUGUCUGCACAUCCCCUGAGGUCUUCUGCCCUUAGUAGCUGUGUUUGCCCCAGACAAGCUCUGGUUAAUAAAUCUGAUCCCAUGAAA